GCCAAAACUUGCCUUCCUUGCCACGACAACAGAACACAACUCACGACAACGAGAGCAUGCCGCGUUCACCGUCGCGUUCACGCUCGCGCUCGCCCGUGCGUCGACGAGAGAGUCGGCGGGAGGGAAGCCCUUCGCCCGACAGCAGACGACGCAGGAGGCACUCGCGCAGCCCAGACGAUGAUCGCCACCGCCACCGCGACGAUGAUGACGACCGCCGCAGGAGGUCAUCGCGCGACGACCGGGACCGCUCCCACCGCCGUCGCCACGACGACGAUGACGACUCUUAUGACAGGCGGCGUGACAGGGACCACGACAGAGAGCAUCGUCGCGACCGUGACCGUGACCGUGACCGUGACCGCGACCGCAACAGGGAUGAGCGCGACAGAGGGCGUGACAGGGAUGAGCGCGACAGACGGGACAGGGACAGGGAUUAUGACAAGCGUCGUGACCGCGACCAUGACGACAGAGGCCGGGGCCGUGAUGAAGACCGGCGUCGCAACAGAGACGACCGAGGAGAGCAUGAGGACAAGGACAAGAGGCGGGAGAAGGAUGACGGCGACCACGGCGCUGUCGACGAAGUGGAUGCAGACGAUGAAGAGGCUGUGAUGUCCAUGCUCGGGUUUGGCGGCUUUGGAACAACAAAAGGGCAACACGUUGAUGGCAACGCGGAGGGAUUUGUCAUGAAGCGCAGGGCCAAGUCGCGCAAGUUCAGGCAAUACAUGAACAGGAAAGGCGGUUUCAACCGGCCCCUCGACUUUGUGCAGUAGACGACAUGAGCGUUCACACACACACAUACACACACACACACUCUCUCUCUCUCUCUCACUCACACACACGUUGUUUGUGUUGUUCGCUUGUCGUUUCAUGCCCGACAUUGUGUUUCACCCAAAUGGUCUCGUGUGUCCAUUUGUUGAGCCGCAUGUCAGUGCGCGGCCCGUUGUCGUUCAUCUGUGGUGCUGUUUGUGCACGUGUUUGGUUGUCCCACACACACCAAGAAGAAGAAGCCAAGGUACCACGACUGUUGUUUGUUCUGUGUCGUAGACUUCUUCAUUGAAAGGGAACGAGAAUGUGGAAAAAAUUGACACUCUGCAA